GACAAACGUCGAUCAACAGCUGUCCUUGUCCCGCCUACUUCUCUCUACCGUCCAAUCAGAGACUACGUUGCUUUGUUGUCGUACGUGUGCUGACAGCGGAACUGAACAAUCGAGGAGGCUAUCUACCAUAAACCAACACAACAAGAUGGAGGUGGAGCAGCUCCUGUCUCUGUCAGGCUCGGCACUGGCCCAGGCUGUCAGCUCUCUGCUGGAGACCCCAGGCCUCUACGUUUUCUCUGACAUCCUGGAGCUCCCUAACGUCAGAGAGCUGGAGAAUGGGCCUCAUGCACCGGUGUACCAGCUCCUGAACCUCUUUGCCUAUGGAACCUACUGCGACUACAAAGAGAGAGCAGCCUCUCUUCCAGAGCUGACCCCAGCACAGAGAAACAAACUCCGUCAUCUGUCCAUCAUCAGCUUGGCUUCAAACCUCAAGUGCCUGCCGUACUCGCUGCUCCUGCAGCAGCUUGAGCUGAAGAAUGUGCGGGAGUUGGAGGACCUGCUGAUCGAGGCUGUUUACUGUGACAUCAUCCAGGGCAAACUGGACCAGAGGAACCAGCAGGUGGAGGUAGACUGCAGCGUGGGUCGGGACCUCGGACCCAACGAGCUCCCCAACAUAAUCAACACGCUGCAGGAGUGGUGUACAGGAUGCGAGGCGGUGCUGUGUGGCAUCGAGGAGCAGGUGUCAAGGGCGAACCAGUACAGAGAGAGCCAGCUAAAGGUUAAAGUCCAAGUGGAAACAGAGGUGUCAAACCUACAGAAGACGUUAAAGGCCAGCGCUGCCUCUCCGUCGUCAGGGCCCGCCCCUGCGGGAGCCGCCUCCAAUCAGGACGCAGACCAACCGGCGGAGCCACGUGACCCCGCCUCCUCUCAGGAACCUCGACAACCAGGCAAAAAAAGUUCAAAGGUGAAAGGGCUGCGUGGCAGUGGGAAGAUCUGGUCCAAGUCCAACUGAGGACAAGAGACUGAGGUGUGGCGACAGUGGCACUGAUGGACACUCUCACUAAUUAACGGACACAAGGACAUGUUGACGGACAAAUGGAUACAUUAAGAGAUGCGAGCACUGUUUCACAGACACCCUCGUCACGUACGCUUGCUACAGUACAACCAGGAAGCUUCAUGGGAACUUUUCUAAUCACCAGAUCUCCGCUUGAUGGAUUCAGAAACACACACUGGCUGAUGGAUAAAACAGGUGUGACAUCCACUCUUGCAGUUGUUUAAAGCCCAACAGGUGGACUGUCAGUGUAAAUACACAUAGCACUUGUAACUCACGGAGACAGAAUGUGCGGCAGGAGUCAGUUGCCUUUGUCCAGAAACAGGAAUCAGUGUAUUUGACGCCUAUGUGUGUGUGUGUGUGCAUCUCUGUUGGUUUAAAAUGCUUUCUUUUGAUUUAGAUUGAUUCUAUGUUGCUUUGUAUUUUCUCUCUGCUGAGUUGAGACAUGUAUAAAAUCAGAAUAUAAAUUGUUGGAAAAUAAAAUGAAGCCGUGUAUCUUGA